ACUCGAUUCAAAUUCAUUAUUCGACCAACAACGGGAGGAAAAUUGACACAAGUGCCCUCGACUCCGGUCCCGUUCAUUCGUGGUUCCUAUUCUUUUAUUACAAAGUGUUACCCGUAUUAAAUAUAAGACAAACCGAAAUUGCAAAUUGCUGAUUAACGAAUUGCUGAUAAAUAACUGAAAAAAAAAACAAUAGGACACUAUAAAAUAUUUAAAUAGUCACAUCGUUUUUCUGUUACAUUAUUAUUUCUCCGACAAACUUUUAAAAUUCUUGAAUUCAUUCGGGUAAUCAGCGCAAGUUAGUUACGUAUUAUUCUUGUGGUUAUUAUUGUUGUUAUUGAAGUGUAGUGUAUACUUUGACACUGGUUUUUACCUCCAUUUAAUACUUUUUAAAGAGAUAAGGAUGGUUCAUGCGAUGCGUAAGCUCUUAGUUCGAGGAAGUCUUUUGAAGCAGAUCCAUAAAAAUGUCAGAUACAGUUCAUCGCUGAAGAUCCUAGACCAGGAGGUGCUUCAGGGAGAACUAGAAGCAGAACGUUCUUUCAAAUAUUCAGACAUUGCAGUGAGACUGGCACCUCCGCACCUGCUCCAACCAAAACCAAAUGUCAGUGAUCUCCGUUUCGGAAAAUACUUUACAGACCACAUGUUCAAGGUUUACUAUCACGAGGCACUGGGGGGGUGGCAAACCCCUGAGAUCACACCUCUCGAAAAUUUAGUCUUUCACCCUGCGGCUAAAGUGCUUCAUUACGCCAUCGAAGCUUUUGAAGGGAUGAAAGCCUACCGAGGAAUCGACGGAAAGAUCCGUUUGUUCCGUCCAGAAUUGAACAUGGCACGUAUGAAUGCAUCGGCUCGUCGAAUGGGCUUGCCAGGUUUUAGCAGCAUCGAGUUCAUAAAAUGUUGCACCAGACUAAUUGGUAUAGACCAGGAAUGGGUGCCCCAUUCAGAGGCCUCCAGUCUCUACAUAAGGCCAACGAUAGUCGGCAUCGACCCGACCCUGGGAGUUUCUUCAUCAGAAUCAGCACUUCUUUACGUAAUUCUCUGCCCUGUGGGAUCUUACUUCGCCGGGGAAAAAAGAACAGAAGGAGUUUCAUUGCUAGCUGACCCUAGGUACACGAGGGCAUGGCCAGGAGGGUGUGGAGAUCGAAAAGUCGGCAGUAAUUACGCACCUACAAUUAGGGUGCAGAAGGAAGCUGCUGAGAAGGGACUACAGCAGGUGCUCUGGCUCUAUGGGGAGGAUCACCAGGUUACAGAAGUUGGAACCAUGAAUAUUUUCAUGUUUCAUAUUAAUGAGGAUGGAGAAAAACAAUUAGUAACUCCUCCACUAGACGGUUUGAUUCUCCCAGGCAUCACCAGGUCUUCGAUAUUGGAACUCGCUCGGGAUAUAAACGAAUUCAAAAUAACAGAGAGAACCAUUACGAUGGAAGAAGUUUGUCGAUUAGUUGCAGAAAAUAGAUUAUUGGAGUUGUUUGGGGCUGGGACAGCCUGCGUUGUGAGCCCAAUUUCCUACAUCGAAUACAUGGGACAAGGUCUCCACAUCCCCACGUGUGAUCAACCUGAACCUCUCUAUAAAAAAUUCCUGAAGACUCUUCUUGACAUCCAGUAUGGUUACGUACCAGGUCACCCUUGGACGUGGGAAAUUGACUGAUAAACUCAUUUCUCUUAAUACUAA